AUGUGUUUCAAAAACGUGACAGGGACCCAAUUGAGGGUACUGGUGUGGGUUGGGUUCGUCGUCGGGUGUAUUGCAAAGUUCGUUACCGGGUCCCUGUUUGUUUACAAUGUUUAUCAAGAUGACAUCAAACAGACAUUUAACUUCAGCCAAAAAGACAUGGAAAUUCAACCAUCUUUGCUGAAUCUGGGACUAGGCGUGGGGUUUCUACCAGGGAUGCUUUACGAUAAGUACGGACCUACUGUAACGUCAAUCGCGGGACUAUUCGUUUCUGUGGGGUCCUAUAUGCUGCUCUGGAGCACAACUAGAUAUGUAGAUUUUUACAAAACUGCUGGAGGUCUUGUUGGAGUGUACUUCAUGAUUUGUGGUCUUGGCUCAGUAUUUACGUAUAUGGUGGCCCUUAAUACCAAUGUCAUAAAUUUUUCUGAUAAACACAGAGGCAAAAUCGUGGGUGGUCUGAACUGUUUCUUUGCUGGAAGUCCAUCGGUCUUUUCUGUAAUAUAUUAUCAUCUGGUCCAGAAAACGAACCAGCAUGCAGAAAGUUUUGCGUCUUUUAUGGCAUUCUUUGCUGUUCUUUUUGCUAUUGUGGAUAUCAUCUGUGCUCUAUUUCUGCGGGUUUACAACAAAACUGACGAGGUAUACACUGUUGAUCCCUCAGAGAUAAUUAAUGAGCAUCAAUCAAAAGAUGAAACUCCGAUGAAAAAUAUGCCAAGGCAUGACUCUCAAAAUGAGAGCGACUGUUGUGCUCCUUCAAACCUCAUUCCAGUUGAGCCAAAGAGUCUUAAGGAAAUUCUGGUUGACCUGGAUUUUUAUCUCCUGACUGGAAUGUUUAGCUGUGCAUCUUCUGUUGGACUGAUAUACCUUAACAAUCUUACGGUGAUAUCGAAAUCGGUCCAUCUUGACUAUCACGACCAAGAUUUUGUACUUAUCAUACCUAUCACGAACGCCAUUCUUAGCAUAUCCAUCGGUCUUGCUUCUGAUUAUUUUCAAGAGAAAAUACAAAGAAUGGUGAUAAUAUUUCUCACAUGUUUUUUAUACGUUGGUCUGUCUGUAUUGGCGAUGUUCCUGGGUGACAAUUACGCUGCGCUCUGUAUCGCAACUGCCCUCUGCGGAAUGGGGACCGGUAUAAUCUGGUCCCUUUCACCAACAGUAAUGAGUGAAAUGUUCCAUAUAUCUAAUUUGGGGAGAAACUGGGGUAUAGCUCUCCUAUGUGCCGCUUUAGUCGGAAUGGCUGGACAAUAUUCUUUUGGAGCUUUGUAUGACGAAAAGAAGCCAGAGAAUGAGCUGUUUUGUUAUGGUCUACACUGUGUGUCUGGCGGACUAGGAAUUUGUGUGGGGCUGGCUGUAGCAGCUGUUAUCUUUGGAAUUGUAUUGAUUCUGCACAGAAAAUUUAGGAUAUCUCGUCUAAAAGCCCAAAAGUCUUGAAAUAAUUCA